AUGGACCCGGGCGCGCGCGUCGACGGUGACCUCGAUAGCGCGAAGACGGCGAUCGGGACGAGGGGUGAGGGGUCGAUGGCGCGACGAGACGCGCGCGCGGUGGAGGGAGGUUCGGCGAAUGACGCUCGGCGGCUCGCCGCGGACGCGGCGGGCGGUGGGACGGACGCGCGCGCGCGGACGCUGCAUGCGGUGCGCGAAGGGAAAUCGACGCGCGUGAAACGUCCGAGCGAACGGGGGGAGGCGUGGGCGAAACGAGCGAAGACUGGGGGACGCGCGAGCGCGUCGGCGGAGGCGCGGGACGGAGCGAAGGCGGGAUGGUUGAGACCGCCGACGAAGCGGGGGGAGAUGUUUCUCGGGCCGACGCAGGUGGCGAAGCUCGCGGGGAAGUUGCCGUACGGGUGUGAGUUCGCUGGAAUGGACGGGCCGAUCGCGCACGUCUCCCGAGACGGCGCGUUGUACGGGAACAGCGAGGAGGAACUUCGGAGAUGGCAGGCGCACAACGUGAGCACGCUGGGUGUGGUGGACGAUUUCGUGCCAGAUUUCGGUCUCGGGGACGGUGUCAUCGGUGUGACGAGCAAGAAGAGGGGUAAGAAGAAGGCUGGGGGGGGGAUGAUGAUGCCAGUGCCGUUGACGGUGGACCCGUUCGCGGGUUUGAUGACGGGGCUGCUCGUGCAACCUCCGUCUCGUCCAUCGUCUCGAGGACCGGCGACGCAGAGCAAGCGAGCGAUGGCAGAAGAGCGGGCGCAGAAAAUGGAGCUGCGCAAACGCCUCACAGAGCUCGACCAUUUGUUGAACACCCUGACUGUGCGAGCGUAUGCGUUGACGGAGCAACGAGACGAACUGAGCUUGAUUUCGCAGCGAGCGAACGCCGCUCUGAGUGAGAUCGAUUCCAAGAGGAAGGCCACAUCGGUGUCCAGGGGGAUCUCAGCGAUGCGCCAAAAGCUGGGUUGCAAGCCAGAUACGCAGGUUGGGUUCGAUACGCUUCGUUAUCGAGCGCUGCUGGAAGUUGUCCACAAGCAGUGCCUGACGUCCGUGCGACAACUAAUCGCGCACAAGUGGGGGUUUCCGUUCGCCGCGCCCGUGGACCCAGACGCACUUGAUCUACCGACGUAUCGUGAGAUCAUCAAAGAGCCCAUGGAUCUCGGAACGGUUAAGAAUUUGAUCGAGAACGGAGGCAAGUACGUCAAGGCUGAGGAAGUCGACGCCGACGUUCGCCUCACCUUUGCAAACGCCAUGAAGUUCAAUGCCGAGGGUACGGACGUGCACGCGAUGGCGAAGGAACUAUUAGUGGAGUGGGAGACGAGAUGGGCGACCAUCCAGCAAAGGAUCGCCGACGUCGAGGCAUGCUGCGUCAUCGAGCGCAAAGCCGCUGAGGCGAAGAACGAGGCGGCGAGUCGCCGCGCGGACGUAGUCAGUAAAGAGAAGGAGUGUUCGAAGGCGUCUGAGGCGAUCGAUCUGGUGAAUAUACAGCUCGGGGAGGUACAAAACCAAGUGCUCGCUCUCAUGCGUCCGUUAGAACGCGACGACCGACUCAACCUGGCUUCCGAGUUGCGUAGUUUGCCCGAGGGCCUACGAGUCGGCGCCCGAGAAAUCAUCGCCGCAAACACGACCGGAUGGAAACCUGCGGCGCACUUGGAAGACGUCGACGCGCACAACGACCUUACGAUUCACCUCCUGGCGCGUUACACGAAGACCAUGAAUAGGAAUAGAUUAGCCAUAAACGCUGGUUGGUGCGGCGUCGGCGCGCCCAAGCAUCUACUCGCGAGGUUCAAGGAGGAGCCGAUGGACGCAUCAGGGGACACGGCGAUGGCGAAUUUCAUGAUCGGUCAUCCGAUUGACGAGGUGACGAGCGAAGUGGGUCUCCGCUCGAUUGACGCCAUGCCGGACGAGUUAGACUUCGAUCCCGUCGCUUUUGACGACCUCCUCGGCGACGUUUCCGUGGACGUCGAUGGGAUGGACAUUGGAUUCGACCUCUGA